GCAAGAUCAGCAAACAAGUUUGACCAUUGCUGCUUCGUUUCGAUGUCGCUACCUGGAGGGUUUGAUCACGUCAGUGUGAAAGUCUUCAAGACUGGGCGGCUCCAGACUGCUGGUUGCCGGGAUGGUGAGAUGUCACUUACUGCUUGCAAGGUUGUUGCAAACUGUGUUAGCCGCAUCGUAAAUGAUGGGAUAGCUGCUUCUCUCCUGCAGGGUGAGGGGAACCCCAACUGGCUCCACAAGUUGUGUCUCGAUGCGCCGGUCAAUGUUCGCCUUGAGAAAGAGUCCAUUCUCGGAGUUUUUGAUCUUGGGUUCCGCGAGAAAGGAUUCACGGUGGAUAUGGAAGAGCUUCGGCUUCUGCUGAGCCAUCCUGACAACAGCUCGCGCGUGUGCAAGGUUCACGUACCCAAGGCAGACAUCAAGCAGAAGGUCAACCGCUUUCAGGGGCUGGGCGUCUACGUGAACAAGGACUGCCUGACAGACGCGUCGAACAAUGUGUUUGUCAACAUCUUCCCCACAGGGAAGUGCACUGUAACUGCGGCGAGCUCCCUGCAGCAGGCGGAAGAAGUUGCUCGGGUCAUCGGAGAUCUGAUCAUCGACCUAUUUGUGCAAUGCCGCAAGAGAGCGUCGGAGGACGAGAUGACCAACGGAGGGAACGCGAAGAGAACGAGGAGGAGAUGAGGAAGGAGAGUGUCCGAGUGUACGAUAAGCAUUUCAACCUGCCGCCUCAGUUCACGUUGGUAACUUUGAUAAAUAAAUUCCGAGAGAUUCGCU